AAUCGGGCCAUAAUGUCGAAUUUGGUAUCUAAAACCUCACAAAACCCUCGUCUUCAACUUGCAGCCUUACCUAUAGCAAAGUGUUGAGUCUUGGAGCUACAGGCAACUGUUAAUAUCAGCUAGUGAAACAAUACUCUUACAAAAAUGGUGAGCAAGAGGCAGAAAUUAGCUCGAAAGAGAUACAAGGAAGAACAUCCAGAAUUAUUCCCCAAGCCAGAACCAACUCCACCCAAAGACCCAAACAAGAAAAAGAAGAAGAAGAGCAACUUCAAGAAGAGAAAAGGAGAAGGCAAUGAUCCUAAUAAGAAACGUUUAUUACAUAAAAAGCACCCCUUUAGAGUCGCUGGAAUGAAGCCUGGCGAAAGCUGUUUUAUUUGUAAAGAACACGACCACAUUGCCAAGGAUUGCCCUAGGAAAUCUGAAUGGGAAAAGAAUAAGAUAUGUUUGCUUUGUCGUCGACGCGGUCACAGCCUGAAGAAUUGCCCCAACAAAGAUGAUGAAAAGGUGGAUAAAAAGUUAUGUUACAAUUGUGGGGAAACCAGUCAUUCAUUGGCUAACUGCCCCUAUCCACUUCAAGAUGGGGGAACAAAGUUUGCUAGUUGCUUUAUUUGUAAAGAACAAGGUCACUUGAGUAAGAAUUGCCCUAAAAGUACUCAUGGUAUAUACCCAAAGGGUGGUUGUUGCAAAAUUUGUGGCGGUGUUACACAUUUGGCAAAAGAUUGUCCUAAUAAAACUGGCAAAGCUUCUGAUGGGGCCUUUGGUAGAGUUAAAGCUUUUCAAUUUGAGGAUCGGCCAAGGGGACAAGUUACCAAACUUAGCAGUGGGGAUGAUCUGGAAGAUGACUUCAUGGCAGAGGAAGUUCAUGAAGACGGUGAUGCUAAAUUAAAGAAGAAAAAAGAACCUAAAGUUGUUAAUUUUGUAGGGUCGUGUUUCCUCUCUUACGGAUUCAAGGAUCUCUAUCCCCAUUCCAUUCAACUCUAUUCUCUACCAUUUUCUCCUUUAUCCCCCCCACCCCCCACCCCCACCCCUUUUCUUUUUUUCCUAUCCAUUUUGCAGAGAUCCUUACCUAUCUCAUUCCAGGACACCAUGGCGAAUGCUGUUUCUGGAAUGGCAGUACAAGAUGAAUGUAAGCUAAAAUUCUUGGAAUUAAAAGCAAAGAGAAACUACAGGUUCAUUAUUUUCAAGAUUGAUGGCCAGGAAGUGGUGGUAGAGAAGCUUGGCAGCCCUGAAGAAAGCUAUGAAGAUUUCUCUAACUCUCUGCCUGCAGAUGAAUGUCGCUAUGCUGUCUUUGAUUUAGACUUCAUAACUAAUGAAAAUUGCCAGAAAAGCAAGAUUUUCUUCAUUGCUUGGUCACCUGAAACAUCAAGGGUGAGGAUGAAGAUGGUGUACGCGAGCUCAAAGGAUAGAUUCAAGAGAGAACUGGACGGAAUUCAAGUUGAGUUGCAAGCAACAGAUCCUAGUGAAAUGAGCUUUGACAUUGUAAAAGCACGAGCCUAUUGAGUCUCAUGACCUUAACAUUUCCAGCCUUAAUCCACCAGCAUCUUUGCUUGUGUUCAUAUUAUACACUGAUCUGUGUAUCUGUUGAUGUAAUAUUAUGUGCCUUACUCUGUAGUCUGAAUGCUGCAACAACAUAACAGCAUUCCGUUUCAGUUCCAUCUUCCUUUGCCUUAACAUAGACAAAAAUCAUAUAUCAAUUGGUGGCUUUUUUCUUAUUGUUGCUUUUAAAUAAAACAUCUCAUUGUGCUCU